AUGAUCGACCAAGGAACGCUUGAAGCUUGGAGAUGGAGUUAUUACAGGGAUAUUGGUUACGAGAUGCUUACUGGAAGGCCUCCAAAACACGUGGCAGGAUACCGGCGAGGGAGCUCUCCGAAUAAUUUUGUUAAUGGUUGUGUUGACUAUGACCAAGUAUCUAUGAGAUCUUCAGCUUCCAUACUCGGUACUGUCAUCCCAAUCCCUCCCGCGGCGAAAGAAUCAUGCCGGGCUAUUAGAGUUAGUUGCUUUGAGCAGAGUGUCAGUGUAAUCAUUGCCUCUAGGUCCCUCCCCUUCGACCCUCCGUGGCAUCCUCCGUAUCAGGACCCGUCAUUAGCUGUGAGCCUGCAUAUAUAUCUGUGA